AGCUUCUAAUUUGUUUAAGUACGAAAUCCGUUCCCUAUGGCCUGUAAAAAUAAAUAACCAAACUAAAAGGAAAAUUUAGAUCGAUAACAACCAUUACCACAUAUUUUUAUAUUGAACAUAUAUUCCAGUUUGUCACAAAAUCAGUAGACCGACAGUAUCACGAUGAUCAAUUUUAUUCUCAUGCAAAAUCGAAUGGGUAAGACAAGACUUGCUAAAUUCUACAUACCCGUGAAUGAUGUUGAUCGUGAAAAAAUAAAGCGUGAUGUGCAUGCCACAGUGAAUUCUCGUGAUGUGGGGUUGUCUAACUUCCUGGUAUAUAAAGAUAUGAAGUUAGUAUACCGUCGCUACGCGGGUUUAUUCUUUAUUUUCGGUAUCGAUGCCGAAGACAAUGAGUUCAGCUAUUUAGAAUUCAUUCAGUUGCUCGUUGAAGUACUAGAUCUGUUCUUUGAAGAUGUUUGCGAGCUUGAUUUAGUGUUUAAUUUUCAUAAAGUUUAUUUAAUUCUCGAUGAAAUGGUUACUGGAGGUGAAAUUCAGGAAGUUUCUAGACCGGUCAUCUUAAAAAGACUUCAGAAGCUUGAUAUCUCGAGUAAAUAAGACCUACACAUUUUCCCCUUUUAGUGUUUGCCUUCGGUGUUGGUGUUCUCUGAAGCUUUUUAUUUCUAGAGCUGUAUUGCACUAUAGUUGUGGCUUUUCAUAAUUUUCUGUUUGUAUUUAUUCAUCGUCGCCUUGUGUUUCUCACUUUAUGAAACCAUUUCCCCGAUUUGGAUGACUUUUAUUUACCAUUCAUCUUCUGGAUUUUGACCCCUCGUGUGCACGGGAGAUUUAAGCAAAAGGGCCCCUACUAACUUUCCUAAUCACCCUAUAGUUAUUUUAAUCUUUAUCGAUGUUUCCAGUCCCACAUGCCGAAUACUUCCCUAAAGUUAUUUCCCUUUUGUGCCCUUCCUUCUUGAAAACGAAACAUGUGUAUAUUAUAGGGUGUCUACGAUUAUUUGAAUACGAAUUACCAUCCUAGCCUAAGGAAAUCAACGGUAACAAGGGGUCCAACUCGUACCUACCCCCCU